GCUCCCGCUCUCACAGCCAUUGCAGUACAUUGAGUUCCAUAGAGACAGCGCUGGGGCAAGUGAGAACCGGACGGGCACUGGGUGACUCUGUGCCUCGCUGAGGAAAAAUAGCUAAACAUGGGCAAAGGAGAUCCUAAGAAGCCGAGAGGCAAAAUGUCAUCAUAUGCAUUCCUUGUGCAAACUUGUCGGGAGGAGCACAAGAAGAAGCACCCAGACGCUUCAGUCAACUUCUCAGAGUUUUCUAAGAAGUGCUCAGAGAGGGGGACGAUCAUGUCUGCUAAAGAGAAAGGAAACUCUGAAGAUAAGGCAAAGGCGGACAAGGCCUUUUAUGAAAGAGAAAUGAAAACCUAUAUCCCUCCUAAAUGGGAAACAAAAAAGAAGUUCAAGGAUCCCAAUGCACCCAAGAGGCCUCCUUCGGCCUUUUUCUUGUUCUGUUCUGAGUAUCGCCCAAAAAUCAAAGGAGAACAUCCCGGCCUAUCCAUUGGUGAUGUUGCAAAGAAGCUGGGGGAGAUGUGGAAUAACACUGCUGCGGAUGACAAGCAGCCUUAUGAAAAGAAGGCUGCAAAGCUGAAGGAAAAAUACGAAAAGGAUAUUGCUGCAUACCGAGCUAAAGGAAAGCCUGAUGCAGUGAAAAAGGGAGUCGUCAAGGCUGAAAAAAGCAAGAAAAAGAAGGAAGAGGAGGAAGAUGAGGAGGACGAAGAGGAUGAAGAGGAGGAGGAAGAUGAAGAAGAAGAAGAAGAUGAUGAUGAAUAAGUUGGUUCUAGUGCAGUUUUUUUUUCUUGUCUAUAAAGCAUUUAACCCCCCUGUACACAAUUCACUCCUUUUAAAGAAAAAAAUUGAAAUGUAAGGCUGUGUAAGAUUUGUUUUUAAACUGUACAGUGUCUUUUUUUGUAUAGUUAACACACUACUGAAUGUGUCUUUAGAUAGCCCUGUCCUGGUGGUAUUUUCAAUAGCCACUAACCUCGCCUGGUACAGUAUGGGGGUUGUAAAUUGGCAUGGAAAUUUAAAGAAGGUUCUUGUUUGUGCACAGCACAGAUUAGUUAUAUAUGGGGAUGGUAGUUUUUUCAUCUUCAGUUGUCUCUGAUGCAGCCUAUACUAAAUAAUUGUUGUUCUGUUAACUGAAUACCACUCUGUAAUUGCAAAAAAAAAAGUUGCAGCUGUUUUGUUGACAUUCUGAAUGCUUCUCAGCAAAUACAAUUUUUUU